AUGGCAUCUUCAAAAGUCUCAAAAAAAGAAAAAAAGGUCCCAAUCUGGGGCUCUAGUGUUUCUGAUUUUCGGAAGUUAAAGUCUGAAGAAAAAAAAACUUUGAGCAAGGAUGAAUUGAAACAAUAUAAAAGGCUUAAGCACAAAGUAAAGAAGCUCAAAGUGAAAAAGAAGCUGGAGGAUAACGCUAGCAAGAAAACAGAGCAAAAAUCGACCGAAUCUGCUGAAACAGAGAGGAAUUCUAAGAAUGUAGCAGCAGCUGAUGGCCGAAAGGAAAAGCCUGAUGAUGGAAAUAGGGACUACUGGUUGGGAUCACAACUGUCUGGGGGUAACCAAAGAAAAUCCAAGUUUCUUAAAAUGCUCGGAAUUAAUGGAGGUGGAGAAGACCCUGCUUCGAAAGACAAGAAGGGUGGUUUCGAACACGAGCGUGAGCGUCAGUUGGAGCAGCAAUACAUGUCUGGUAUUCAUCAAAAAGGAAACAGAAAGGGUUUAGGAAUGUAA